AUGGAGCAGCAGCUAGUUCUUAGCUGCCAACCCUUGGAAGAACUGAACACGCAACUGGAUCAUCCGCCCGCUGAGAAGGAGGCCCGGACUCUGGUCGACCUCCUUUCUCCUCAGCAAAAGUGGUUGCAAAUAGAAUUGGGCCUGCCACCAAAGAUGCACCAGGAGGAUGCAGGCCCAGACCAGAGUAGGCCCGAACCAGAGCAAGAUGGGAUUGCAGGCCCUGCUUUCCCUCAGCUGGGUCAUCCCCUCGAGGAAAAGGGAGGCCAGCAAGUUCCUAGAAAUGAACAGGCUGGCCCAGCUUUUCCAGUCUCGCUGGCUCCUGGCUCCAGUGACUUUCCCAAGGGAGGUUCUGCUAAAUCAGACAAAAACAUCAUUGCUUCGCUCAUCAGAGAGAUGGAAGCAAGGUUUCCAGAUGCAGCGACCGACUACAUUGAAGAGCUAAUCCAGAGCAAAAACUGCUGUGACUUAAACGUACUUUGUAAUUUACUUCUGGAAAAUCCAGAUUAUCCAAAGAAGGCAGGCAGGGUGGUUUUAAAUCCAAUUAGCAGCCUGCUCCCCAGCCCAGAUAAGACAAAGUUGCCAGAAGUGGACUACUUUGACUUCUCCAAACUUGAUCCGCUUGACCAACGUUGCUUUAGCCAAGCAGCUGACCUCCUCAUGGCAGACUUCAAAAUGCUGAGCAGCCAGGACAUCAAGUGGGCGCUGCGCCAAUUCAAGGGUCACUAUGCAAUCACACGAAAGGCCUUUUCUGAUGCCAUCAAAAAUUGUCAGGAACUGUCUCCUCAAACCAGUGGAAAGCGAAAAAGAAAGAAAGAAAUGGACCAGUAUUGCUACAUAGACUUCAAAUUUGAACAAGGUGCUAUGAAAAUUGAGAAGCGCAUGUUCUUCUUGGAGAACAAGCGACGGUACUGCAGCGGCUUUGACCAGCUCUCUCUCCUCCCUGCAGUGCAGCUGGAGCGGGAGUUCUACGAACAGAAGAUUAAAGAGAUGGCAGAGCAUGCAGAUUUCCUUGUUGCCCUGCAGAUGAACGAAGAGCAGUAUCAAAAAGAUGGCCAGAUGAUUGAGUGCCGCUGCUGCUAUGGGGAGUUUGCAUUUGAGGAGCUGACGCAGUGCACAGAUGGACACUUGUUUUGCAAGGAGUGCCUAAUAAAGUACGCUCAGGAGGCUGUCUUUGGCUCUGGAAAGUCAGAGCUCAGCUGCAUGAAAGGGAGUUGUACGUGCUCAUUCCCAACCAGCGAGUUGGAGAAAGUGCUUUCCAAAAACAUCCUUUGUAAAUACUACGAGAGGAAAGCAGAGGAGGAGGUGGCUGCUGCUUGUGCAAAUGAGUUAGUCAGGUGUCCCUUCUGCAACUUCACAGCUCUACUGGACAAAGAUGUGAAGCGGUUCAGCUGUCCUAACCCACGUUGCAGGAAGGAAACCUGUAGAAAAUGCGAAGCCCCGUGGAAGGAACACAUGAACCUUACCUGUGAAGAGCUGGCUGAGAAGGAUGACAUAAAAUAUAGAACAUCUAUAGAAGAGAAGAUGACGGCAGCCUGCAUCAGGAAAUGCCACAGGUGCGCGACCGGCUUGAUCAAAUCCGAAGGCUGCAACCGCAUGACGUGUCGCUGCGGCGCCCAGAUGUGCUACCUCUGCCGAGCCGCCGUGAAAGGAUACGGCCACUUCUGCAAGCAUCCCCAAUCCCCGGGAACACCCUGCCAACAUUGUAAAAAAUGUUCCCUUUGGACAAACCCCACGGAAGAUGAUGAGAAGAUCAUCCAAGAGAUUCAGAAGGAAGCCGAAGAGGAAAAACGGAGAAAGCAGUUUUAAGCGGAUCAGGGCCCCACCAGAGAAGCCUGCAGAGCUAGUCAGCCUUUCUGUGAAAAAGCUCCUGAUUUCCUCUACGUUAGUGCCACGGCAAUACGGUAGAUUAAUCUGCAAG